CGAAGGCUGCCUCGAACAAGCGUUAGUUUAUAACGUCGGUGCUUCAAGAGGUUUGAGCACCGCGAGAGCUCAGUCGGUCGCCAUGAACCACUCGCGUUUCCCUGCAUCUCUUUCACUAUUUUAUUUCACGCUUCAUCUUUAAAAUUUGUUGCGGCUUUUAAAACUAUUGUUAAAUCAUACUUUUGUGUUUGUAUCAUGAUUGAUUGUUUUUAAAAAGUAUCAAUUUAUUACGUGGUUUUGUUUUGAGGGAGAAAAGGACGUUUUUUUUUUUUAAGAAUUUAUAGAAGAUAAAAAGUUAUAUAAAAGUACGAAAAAAAAAGAAGAGAGCAAGUUGAGGGUAACUGUACAGUGAAGAAUGAAAAAUGUGUGGAAUUUUUUGAUUAAUUGUAAUACAUCAAAUUUCUGUGAUUAUCUUUUAAACAACAAUUUCAUUACUGUUUUCUACAACUUGGUAUUAAUAAUAUUACAUGGUUGUUGGUUUGAGAAAAAUAAUGAAAUGUUACAAACUGUUUCGUUUUACGGUGCAAUAAUAGUAGUGUGGCAGUGUGUAUCUGUAAGUGCCGCUUACACUUGAUGGAUAAUAUUGCAGCUAAACAACCUCGUUAUCUCGUCUAGGUGAUAUCAGACUGCUUUGUGGAUGGAAUUGAUGAGGAAUGCAUGAGAUGAAAGUGGAGGGAUAACGCGGCCAUUGGGCGCGAUGAGGUCAGAGUCUUUGGUGCUUUUGAUGUUUUGCAUAGGCUCGCUGCUGAGUGCCGUAGCCUUUGCGACGGAUGAUGGUAAGCUGCUGCAGAAAGCAUUAAUUGAUGAGAGAAUGCUGACUCAACUGGAUUCUCCAGUUGCAGAGUCAAAUGCAGCGGUUGCUGUUGCGGCAUCAGGAAUGAUGCCGACUGAUGAGGAUCACGAGGAUGAAGACGAAGAAGGAGAAACAAAUGAUGAGUCGUAUUUGUUAGGGGAAGACGAUCCGCCUCUGGCUACGAUACCAGGCGGCGGCGGCGGCGGGAGUAGCAGCAAUGCUGGAGAUACUGAGCUAAUCUCUGAAACAGGCGGUCAUCUGCCUGUCUUCUUAAUGGAACCUCUAGAUGCCUUCGUCGUUAAAAACAAACCAGCAACAUUAAAAUGUAGAGCUGCCCACGCUCUUCAACUCUAUUUCCGUUGUAAUGGCCAGAGAGCUGAAGAUUCUCAUCAAACAGACUUUGUUGAUCCCCAAACUGGUACGAGAAUCGUCGACUCUGAACUCAACAUCACUCGGGAUCAUAUUGAGGAGUACUUUGGCAAGGACAAAUACAAAUGUGAAUGCGUCGCUUGGUCCGGUUCCGGUUCCAUCAAAAGCCAGCCUGCAAUCAUUGACGUAGCCUAUUUAAAAAAGCAAUUCGAGUCCCCACCGUAUUCAGUAUCGGUUGAAGCUGGCCAAAGCGCGGAACUCCGAUGUAUACCACCUACUGGGGUGCCUUCACCGCGAGUUUACUGGCUUCGAAAUGGAUCGCCCAUCAGCACCAGUGGUUCAGAUGCCGACGCCGCACUUUUAGUUUCAAGCGAGGGUCAUCUUCUCUUGGGUCAGGCUAAAAUCACUCAUCAAGCCAAUUAUACCUGCGUUGCGGAGAAUAUCGCGGCUAAACGACUGAGUUCACCAGCAAGCAUCACGGUUUACGUUAAUGGCGGCUGGUCUGCUUGGUCUGCAUGGUCUGAGUGUCAUUCACGGUGUGCUAAAGGUGGUCAGAAACGUACACGAACGUGUACCAAUCCAGCACCGAUCAACGAUGGUCAACCGUGUUUAGGUCCUGCUGUCCAAAAAAUGGAUUGUAAUUCCGCUUGUCCCGACCGUGUCUCGCAGGGACAAGUUAUAAUCGACGAGACAGCGGUAGACGGUGGAUGGUCCAGAUGGUCUGCUUGGUCGGUCUGCGGGAGCGACUGCACUCAUACUCGAACAAGGACCUGCGAUGAACCCCCUCCAAGUCAUGGUGGUCGUCAUUGUCAAGGAAGGGACACCGCUGUCGUCAAUUGUACGGGGGGUCUGUGUACUGUGGAUCGAGCGAAAAUGGGUGGCGUACAAUUCACCACCACGCAGAAAGCGGCUAAUCGGCGAAUGGACGUGGCGCUUUAUGUGGGACUCGCACUCGCCUGCGCUUUUGGCGGUGGACUUGCACUUCUUUUAAUCAGGCUUGUUCGACGAAAAGGCCGCGACCACGCUCUAUACUCCAUGGCACGUAAUGCAGAUUUUCAGCCAGAGUACUUUCCAGAACACGAUAAGAAAAUGUGUCUCCAGCCGGAUCUAACCGCAGGGACAACAGUCCAGGCCUCCUACGAGUAUCCCUUCGAUCCUAAACACUCUCUGUCACGCUCACUCUCUGAGCACCAUUACGAUGUGCCCCAUCUCUCGAUCGCGCUUACACAACCAUCACCGUCAGUGUCAUCGCCCAGUCCAAGCGCUCUCAGCCAGGAGUCCUGCGGCGACAAGCAAAUUUAUUCCGGCAGUGAAAACAGCGGUACGAGCAUCGCUAGCUCCUCCUAUCCAUCCUCCGAUUCCACGACGACGACGUACAACGUUGCUUCAGAGCGCGUGAGACUCGCUAAGUUGGAGCAAGCUGGCAACGUAGCUCGAGCCGCGGUCAACGCACGGGGUGCACUUCUCGUCCUUCCGGAUUCUGGGAUAUCGUUAUCAGUGCCAGAGGGGGCGAUAUCCAAGAGCCAGGGCCGACGGCAACUUGAUCUAACAGUUCUUUGUGACGAUAGAUACAGACCACGACUACCUGAGGGCAUGACUCAACUGUCAGCGGCCAUUUAUUGUGGACCUCCCUCUGUAACCUUCGAUAAACCAGUGAUCCUGCAGUUUGAACAUGCUGCUAUGCUACAUCCAGCUGGCACGUGGGAACUUAGUGUUUGGGCAUCGGAUGACCUACCGCCUAUGACAACAGAAGACAAAGUUAUGGAGUCGAGCAAUGAACUCAAACAUUUAAUCACGUGGACUAAAGUGUUGACUCUUGGUAGUGAAACAAUCAAUACACCACUUUUCACUCAGCUCGAUCACUCUGAAGCUUUUAUCGUAACCGAACAGCUGCGCAGUUACGUCCUGGUGGGCCGAAGUGCCGACGAUACGAUAGCUUCUAAAAGACUAAGAGUUGUGCUCUUUGCAAGUCAAUAUUGUGUUCGAGUCUAUGUAAUAGAAGACACUAAGGCUGCUAUGAAGAUUAUCGUGGAUCGUGAGUCACAGAUGCGAGGUUAUCUUCUUGACAAACCACGUCCUCUUCUGUUCCGAGAUAGUGGCGAGAAUCUCUGGGUGAGUCUGGAACAAGUCGGCAACGAGUGGCAAAGUAAAUCACCCACAGAACAUCAGGAGAUAGCCUUCGGCGAUAUUUGGAAUUGUCCGAGUAAUUCGAGCCAUGUUGCUUUCACUUUAGAUGAGAGCUUUGACUCUGUUGCAACUAAAAGCUAUAAGCUACAGGUCUGUCAAGGACGUACAAGCGAUGCCCAACGGCAAGUCUUCAGGAUCGUCUAUGAUGUUGUAAAGCAACGGGUUUUCUCAGGAAGCGUCACAAGACCACUCAGGGAAGUCACUGUUGUGAGUAGUGUAGGUGCCAACAAUUUGACAUCUACGGAUUCGUCAGCCCGAGGCCCAUUCCGCUUCACAAGGUCUCUUAGGAAACAACUUUGUCAGUGUCUCGAUCCACCAAACGCGCUUGGUAAUGACUGGAGAAUGUUGGCUCAAAGAUUACAAGUUGACAGAUACAUUAAUUACUUUGCCACUAAAGCCAGUCCUACUGAGCACAUAUUGGAUCUCUGGGAAGCUAGACAUCGAGAAGCAAGUGCGGUGACAGAUCUUCUUAACCAUCUGCGAGCGAUGGGAAGAACUGAUGCAGCUACAAUCCUUGAAGCUCAAUUGGGAGCAUGGCUCUAAGCUCUAAAACCAUCAUAAGACGAUUGUUCUAAUUUUUUUUUUAUUUGUUACAAUAAUCUAGAACAGUUGGUGCAUUCCGAUAGAUAGUUAUUGUUCGCACCGUACCAAUUAACACAGAGCGAUUAAAAGUAGAAAAUAAAUUUUAAAAAUAUUAAUAACAAAAAAAAAAAAUUAAAGUGAUAGGAGUGAGAAAUGAAAUAAAAUAAAACAAAUAAAUAAAUAAAACUCGUGUGAGAUAACACGUGCCAAAUGGAAUUAAAAAAUUCUGAUGGGCUCUAUCGAAACAUUUGCCUUAAAAAUGCGUGUGUGUCAGCCGCACGUACUUCGAUCUCUUGCCCAUCUUUCUCCUCCUUCAAUUCCUAUUCCCCCUUCUGUAAAUAAACUCACCCAUCGAAUUUACGUAGAGUUAUAUUAAAAAAAAAUAAAUAAAUAAAUUCAAAUAAAUAAAAUGAAACUAAAAUAAUUAAUUAAAAUUAAAAAAAAAAAGAAAACGAAGAAAAUCGCAACGAUACCAACAACAUUUUUGUAGUACAUAAAUAAAAAAUGAAUUAAUAAUUCUAAUUGUAAUGCAUUAAUUUUAAUAGAGAGAAAAAAAUAUAUACGUUUAGAUGGAUAUAUAUUAUAUGUACAUACAAUAAAAGAUAAAGAUAUUAACAUUAAUGCAGACUGAAGACAAAUGGCCAGUCAUUUAUAUAACUCAGUGUGUUCCGUUUUAAAAAAACGGAUUGUG